AUGGACCUGCGAGCAGAGAGCCCUGACAGAGACUCUGAAGAUGAUGCCUUCAAGUGUGGACCUGAGGGGGGAGAGGAGGGCGAGGGCUGGGGGAGCGAUAGUCAACCCGAGGCCUGCACCCCUACUCCUCCAUCCAUUGGCAAGAGGAAGAAGAAAAGGAAAAAGAGGUACUUCAAGUUAAAAGAUGUAACUCUACUGGUGCUUUGGUGCUUCCUCUUCCCCAAAACGCUGGGAGAGGCGGAAGUAAUUGAGGAAGGAUGAUUAGGACCUUGCAGCAAGGCACAUGUCUGUCCCCCUCUUUCUGUUUCUUCUUUCCCAGAUGACUGUGGAUCAAUAUCGUCAACUGCAAAUAUGAAAGUGGUGAGUUAUCCUGCAUAUACCAACGUAUGAAUUGGUGUGAUUUUAUCUUUUCAAAGAUCACCCAUGUCACUUGCUUUGUUACCCCCAUGUUGGGAGAAUCCUAGACAAUCGCUUUAAUUCCUCACAGUCACAGUUUUGCUAUGUAGUCUAGUCAAAUACAUUUGAAACACAGACAUACACUGAGUAUAGCAUACAUUAGGAACACCUUCCUAAUAUUGAGUUGCACCCCCUUUUGCCCUCAGAACAGCCUCAAUUUGUCGGGGCAUGGACUCUACAAGGUGUCGAAAGUAUUCCACAGGGAUGCUGGCCCAUGUUGACUCCAAUGCUUCCCACAGUUGUGUCAAGUUGGCUGGAUGUCCUUUGGGUGGUGGACCUUUCUUGAUACACACAGGAAACUGUUGAGCUUGAAAAUCCCAGCAGCGUUGCAGUUCUUGACACAAACCGGUGCUCCUGGCUAGGGCUGUUGCGGUGACCGUAUUACCGCCACACCGGCAGUCACGAGUCAUGAAGGCAGUCAAAUUCCACAUGACCGUUUAGUCACGGUAAUUAGGCUUCUCCAAGCUCUGAUGCUGCUGCUGGUCAUUAGUAGCCUACCAAACUUGCUAACUGCCUGGUACUCAGCACUCUAUUGUCCCUCUAAUCACUCUGACAUCAAUGCAAAUGUAUUCGAAAAUCUAAUCAAACACUUCAUGAGAGCCCAUGAGCUCAUGUUGCGCAACAUUUCUAUAGGCUAUGCAAUUGCGGGAGAAAAUAGAUUGAUGGCCGCUAAGAAAAAGAGGAGGAUCCCAUCAGCUUUCUAUAGGCUUACUAUAUUUAUUUCUCAACUUUCCUAAUAUUAAGCACAUUGCUGGCUGGCAUGAAAAUAAACCACGGUGAAAAGCGUCCUCAAUUCGCUAUUUAAGUGCAUAGAUUACAUUUAUUUUUUCCUGCUGCCCCUGUUUCGAUACAGGUGCAUGAUAAUGGUCCAUUCUAAAUUAAAACAAAUUUCACACAUACACUACCGUUCAAAAGUUUGGGGUCACUUAGAAAUGUCCUUGUUAUGGAAAGAAAAGCAAUUUUUUGGCCAUUAAAAUAACAUCAAAUUGAUCAGAAAUACAGUGUAGACAUUGUUAAUGUUGUAAAUGGCUAUUGUAGCUGGAAACUGCUGAUAAAAAAAAAAAAAGGAAUAUCUACAUAGGCGUACAGAGGCCCAUUAUCAGCAACCAUCAGUCCUGUGUUCCAAUGGCACGUUGUGUUUGCUAAUCCAAGUUUAUCAUUUUAAAAGGCUAAUUGAUCAUUAGAAAACCCUUUUGCAAUUAUGUUAGCACAGCUGAAAACUGUUGUGCUGAUUAAAGAAUAAAUAAAACUGGCCUUCUUGAGACUAGUUGAGUAUCUGGAGCAUCAUCAAUUGUGGGUUCGAUUACAAGCUCAAAAUGGCCAGAACAAGUAACUUUCUUCUGACACUCGUCAGUCUAUUCUUGUUCUGAGAAAUGAAGGCUAUUCUAUGCGAGAAAUGGCCAAGAAACUGAAGAUCUUGUACAACGCUGUGUACUACUCCCUUCACAGAACAGCGCAAACGGUCUCUAACCAGAAUAGAAAGAGGAGUGGGAGGCCCCAGUGCACAACUGAGCAAGAGGACAAAUACAUUAGAGUGUCUAGUUUGAGAAACAGGCGCCUCACAGGUCCUCAACUGACAGCUUCAUUAAAUAGUACCCGCAAAACACCAGUCUCAACCUUCUAGGCAGAGUUGCAAAGAAAAAGCCAUAUCUCAGACUGCCCAAGAUUAAGAUGGCCAGUCUGAGAUAUGGCUUUUUCUUUGCAACUCUGCCUAGAAGGUCAGCAUCCCAGAGUUUGCACUGUUCUGUGAAGGGAGUAGUACAGAGCAUUGUACGAGAUCUUUGCUUGACAAUCACCGGCUGACAAAAUUUCGUGACCGCCACAGCCUGGCACCUACUACCAUACCCCGUUCAAAAUGUCUUACAUCUUUUGUCUUGCCCUUUCACUCUUUGAAUGGCACACGUACACAAUCCAUGUCUCAAUUGUCUCAAGGCUUGAAAAUCCUUCUUUAACCUGUCUCCUCCCCUUCAUCUACACUGAUUUUAAGUGGAUUUAACAAGUGACAUCAAUAACGGAUCAUAGCUUUCACCUGAAUUCACCUGGUCAGUCUGUCAUGGAAAGAGCAGGUGUCCUUAAUGUUUUGUAUACUCAGUGUAGAUUAAUAUGUCCUCUAAUGGGUAGUCUUUCUUCCUCACCCUGUCAGUGCGACGUGCUGCUCGCAGAUAUGGCCUUUGGGAAGCAGUGGAGGGCGAGGACUGGACUCUCUUCUGGACAGACUGCUCUGUCUCACUGGACAGAGUUAUGGACAUGAAGCGCUACCAGGUACUUAACAUCUCCCCCAAGUCCACCUCUCUCCUCAUAGAGCUCUGAAAAUGUGCGUCAGCCCCUGUUGAUUCGCCACAUUCAAUGCUAUGUGUCUGCUGUACCCUUACAGAAGAUCAACCAUUUUCCCGGGAUGAGUGAGAUUUGUAGAAAGGAUCUUCUGGCUCGAAACAUGAACCGCAUGCUGAAGCUCUUCCCCAAAGACUACAAUAUCUUUCCCCGAACAUGGUGCCUACCGGCAGAGUGAGUUCUCAUUGUCAAUGUGCUUAGAGUCUUGUCAUUCAAAACACAUACACUACCAGUCAAAAGUUUGGACACACCUACUCAAGGGUUUUUCUGAUGACAGCUUUGCACACUCUUGGCAUUCUCUCAACCAGCUUCAUGAGGUAGUCACCUGGAAUGCAUUUCAAUUAACAGGUGUUCCUUCUUAAAAGUUAAUUUAUGGAAUUUCUUUCCUUCUUAAUGCGUUUGAGCCAAUCAGUUGUGUUGUGACAAGGUGGGGGGGGGGGGGGGGGGGGGUAUAUUUGGUAAAAGACCAAGUCCAUAUUAUGUCAAGAACAGCUUAAAUAAUCAAAGAGAAACGACAGUCCAUUAUUACUUUAAGACAUGAAGGUCAGUCAAUACUGAAAAUGUCAAGAACUUUGUCUCAAAAAGUGCAGUCGCUAAAACCAUCAAGUGCUAUAAUGAAACGGGCUCUCAUGAGGACCGCCACAGGAAUGGAAGACCCAGAUUUACCUCUGCUGCAGAGGAUAAAUGCUUCACAGAGUUCAAGUCACAGACACAUCUCAACAUCAACUAUUCAGAGGGGACUGUGUGAAUCAGGCUUUCAUGGUUGAAUUGCUGCAAAGAAACCACUGAAUAGGUGAAGGACACCAAUAAGAAGAAGAGACCAGCUUGGGCCAAGAAACAACGAGCAAUGGACAUUAGACCGGUGGAAAUGUGUCCUUUGGUCUGGAGUCCAAAUUUGAGAUUUUUGGUUCCAACCGCCGUGUCUUUGUGAGACGCGGUGUGGGUGAAUGGAUGAUCUCCGCAUGUGUAGUUCCCACCGUAAAGCAUGUUAUGCUGUGGGUUUGCUUUGCUGGUGACACUGUCUGUGAUUUAUUUAGAAUUCAAGGCACACUUAACCCAGCAUGGCUACCACAUCAUUCUGCAGCGAUACGCCAUCCCAUCUGGUUUGGGCUUAGUGGGACUAUCAUUUGUUUUUCAACAGGACAAUGACCCAACACACCUCCAGGCUGUGUAAGGGCUAUUUUACCAAGAAGGAGAGUGAUGGAGGGCUGCAUCAGAUGACCUGGCCUCCACAAUCCCCCGACCUCAACCCAAUUGAGAUGGUUUGGGAUGAGUCGGACCGCAGAGUGAAGGAAAAGCAGUGCUCAGCAUAUGUGGGAACUCCUUCAAGACUGUUGGAAAAGCAUUCCAGGUGAAGCUGGUUGAGAGAAUGCCAAGAGUGUGCAAAGCUGUCAUCAAGGCAAAGGGUGGCUAUUUUGAAGAAUCUCAAAUAUAAAAUAUAUUUUGAUUUGUUUAACAUUUUUUUUGGUUACUACAUGAUUCCAUAUGUCUUAUUUCAUAGUUCUAAUGUCUUCAUUAUUAUUCUACAAUGUAGAAAAUAGUAAAAAAAUAAAAAAAUAAACCUUGAAUGAGUAGGUGUGUCCAAACUUUUGACUGGUACUGUAUAUGAAUCAGGAGCGUAAUCAAUUGAGAAUGUAAGUGUUUUUUUGUAUCUCUGCAGUUAUAGUGACUUCCAAGCUUACACCAGGUCCAAGAAACACAAGACUUACAUCUGUAAGCCAGACUCCGGUUGCCAAGGGCGAGGCAUCUUACUCACUAAGUCCAGCAAAGACAUCCGGCCCGGAGAACACAUGAUCUGCCAGGUGUACGUCUCCCGGGUGAGACUCACUGACUCACUCCCUUCUGUACAUAUUGUGUAAUAUUCUGCACAAGUAGCUCAACUGAGGUUGCAGGACGAAAGGUGCAAUAAAUGUGAUACCUUAUUAUGUGACAGUAUUUAUGGGACCAAUCAGAGAGCAGGGUUAUGACAAUGUCAUUAUGAAAGGACCAAUCAGAGAGCAGGGCUAUGAAUGUCAUUAUGAAAGGGCCAAUCAAAGAGCAGGGUUAUGACGAUGUCAUUAUGAAAGGACCAAUCAAAGAGCAGGGUUAGACUAUGUUAUUAUGAAGGGACUAAUCAGAGAGCAGGGUUAUGACUAUGUCAUAAUUAAGGGACCAAUCAGAGAGCAGGGUUAUGUUGAUGUCAUUAGAUAUAUCAUAAUGCCAACCGUCCUCUCCCCCCCAGCCAUUCAUUAUUGACGGCUUCAAGUUUGACCUGCGUAUCUAUGUGCUGGUGACCUCCUGUGACCCCUUCCGCAUCUUCCUGUACAAUGAGGGGCUGGCUCGCUUCUGCACUACCCAAUACAACGAGCCCAGCAAUGGCAACGUGGUGAGGUGGACAAUACAGAUACUCCAUCAACACUUCUAAUGCCAACUGUUACACAGCAUUACACACUUCUCAUUGUCCUAUCUCGCUCUGUUCAUUGACUGUUAAUUGGUAGUUAUAGUGUUGGUUGUGUCUUUGAUGCUCUGAAGCUCUCUAGAUAAUCAUUUAACAUGGGGUAUCACAUCUCUGCAGUAUUCAUAUGUUUAUUCCAGUAUGAUAGUAUAUAUUCUACGGUGUCCUUCCUGAUCUCUCAUUGUACCUUUACCCAUCCCCGGCUCUCCCUCACCAUAUUUCUAAUUCUACAAGGAUGAUGUUUGCAUGCAUCUGACCAACUAUGCCAUCAACAAGCACAGUGAGAACUUUGUCCGUGAUGACGACACUGGCAGCAAACGGUAAGCAGAUGUUAGUUUACUUCAAAUACCUCUCGAGUUGACCUUUAGCUUUGUUUCUUUGUAUAAUUAAUCUCAUGAUGCAACUCUUGCAUCUCAGUUCCCUCCUCCCUGUCGUUCCAGGAAGCUGUCCACCUUGAACAAGCACCUGGAGGCCAUGUGUUACGACACAGAGAAGAUGUGGUUGGACAUUGAGGACGUGAUUAUUAAGACGCUCAUCUCUGCCCACCCCAUCCUCAAACACAACUACCACACCUGUUUCCCCAACCACGCUGCUGGCAGCGCCUGCUUUGAGAUCCUUGGCUUUGAUGUGCUGCUAGACCAUCGACUCAGGCCCUGGCUGCUGGAGGUGAGGCCUUCUUAAUUAAUCAGGAUGAUGUAUUGAUAUGGGUCCUGUAUCAGUGUCUGUUGAGCUAAGAAAUGUGUUAUUCUAAUAAUCACUACACUCUCAUCAUGCAGUGUCCAAUAGGCAUUUCGCUAGCAACUUAUAAUAACUUCAAUAUUAAAGCUAGAUAGCAAACAAGGUAUAUUCAUGAUGUUCAUGUGUGUGUAUUAAAGGGAUACUUCGGGAUUUUGACAAUGAGAUCCUUUAUCUACUUCCCCAGAGUCAAAUGAGCUUGUGGAUACCAUUUUUAUGUCUCUGUGUCCAGUAUGAAGGAAGUUAGAGGUACUUUCUUGAGCCAAUGCUAACUAGCGUUAGAACAAUUAAUGGGAGUCUAGCGUGCUAGCAGAUACACAUAAACUUCCAGUCAUUACGCUAACGCUAGUUAGCAAUUGCACUAGUGUUAGUUAGCAACUUCCUUCAAACCGCACACAGAGACAUAAAAAUGGUAUCCAUGAGUUCAUCUGACUCUGGGGAAGUAGAUAACGUGCCUCAUUGCCAAAAUCCUGAAGUAUCCCUUUAACGUUUGUGCAGGUGAACCACUCCCCCAGUUUCACUACUGAUUCGCGGUUGGACCGGGAGGUGAAGGAUAGCCUGCUGUAUGACACCCUGGUUCUUAUAAACCUGGGUGCCUGUGACCGCCGUAAGAUCACUGAGGAGGAGAAGCGCAGGGUGAAGGAGAGGCUGCAGCAGAACCGCUCUAGAGAGGCCAGGUACAGUCAGGACCAUGUGAUUGAUAGGAACACGGCCGGCCCGCUCGUUAGGUAGGAUUAGGUGGCAGAUUGACGAGGGCGGCAUUUUCUGAGCUAAACUAACCAAGACGCACCUCCAACAACAACACAUAAAACCUCACAUAAUUCUGCCCAAAAACAAUGACAAUUUCUCUCAACCAGUGGCAUAUGGGCUUUUUAGGUGAGUGCUGAUGCCGCCCUUUGAUAAGCAGUGCCCCAAAGGCAGGGGCGCAAAAUAUGUUGCUUGUCCAUUCCCAGCGCGUCUCUACAGACUGGAGAUAAAAUAUAUGACAAUGUAAUGAGAUGGACACUUUUUACAUCAUGCAGGUUUCUCCGAUCAAAUAGCCUAACCUAAAUGGUGCCCAAUCAAAUAAAAAAUGCGCUGUCAUGUUAACAAACAACAUAUCCUAAAAACAGGACAGGUCAAAGUAAAAUGGACAAUAUGGAAUGGACAAUCACAACUGUUGUCCAGGAGUUUCACCCCAUUGUCAUGAUUGGUGGUUUCAAGUUUGUAUCCGUCAAUUUUUGACAAGCUGAUCAUAGCGAAAAAUAUAAUAUAUCUGCAUUUCCCGCUGUGUAAACGCAUUGCAAAUAGGCUCGCGAUAACUCCUGAUAAAGUUGGAUAGCUGAAAUUCAGAGCUUAAAUAGCCAUAUUGAUUAGUCACAGGAAUCAGGACUAAUAAAGCCAAUGUAAUGGCCUAAAUUCCAUUGUGGGCCAAUAUGGUAGCCUACACCCCAGUAAGCAAGCCAACAUCUUUUUUUGGUGCAGACAUCUAUGUUUGGUUCAGAUUUUGUCCGGUCUGGACCAGCCUUGAUUUGGUCCAAACAUAGACAUCUAUAAAUUACUUAUUUUCAACUUUCAUUCAGAACCUAAAAUUAGCCUGAUUCCAACAAUGUGGAACUUUGAUUUCAAUAUGCUUGUAUGAUCAGUUUGACCAUGUAACAAUAAGCUAUGAUGGGUCAUUUUAUUAUAAAUUAGCAUUGUUAUAGACAUGUAACAAACAAAGUGAUUUGGACAAAACUCAAGCCAACAAAACAUUAAGAAUACCUGCUCUUUCCAUGACAUAGACUGACCAGGUGAAUCCAGGUGAAUGCUGUGAUCCUUUAUUGACGGCACUUGUGAAAUCCACUUCAAUCAGUUGUCAUGUUGUGUUGCUGCCAUGCUAUGUUGUUGUCUUAGGUCUCUCUUUAUGUAGUGUGUUGUGGUGUCUCUCUUGUCGUGAUGUGUGUUUUGUCCUAUAUUUUUUAUUUUUUAUCUCAGCCCCCAUUCCCGCAGGAGGCCUUUUGCCUUUUGGUAGGCCGUCAUUGACAAUAACAAUUUGUUCUUAACUGACUUGCCUAGUUAAAUAAAGGUUAAAUAAAUGUUAACAAAUAAAACAAUCUGUGUAGAUGAAGGGGAGGAGAUAGGUUAAAGAAGGCUUUUUAAGCCUUGAGACAACUGAGACAUGGAUUGUGUAUGUGUGCCAUUCAGAGGGUGAAUGGGCAAGACAAAAUAUUUAAGUGCCUUUGAACGGGGUAUGGUAGUAGGUGCCAGGUGCACCGGUUUGAGUGUGUCAAGAACUGCAACGCUGCUGGGUUUUUCACACUCAACAGUUUCCCGUAUGUAUCAAGAAUGGUCCACCACCCAAAGGACAUCCAGCCAACUUGACACAACUGUAGGAAGCAUUGGAGUCAACAUGGGCCAGCAUCCCUGUGGAACGCUUUCGACACCUUGUAGAGUCCAUGGCCCGACGAAUUGAGGCUGUUCUGAGAGCAAAAUAGUUUUUGUACACUCAGUGUAUAUUUUUUGAUGCAUUCAAUUCAUGCAUUCAUUCAGUUGUGGUCAUUUUUGUGUUGUCAGGAGUGAGGAACUGCGUCAGUCCCAGGCAGCCAGUGUAGAGCAGAUGCGGAGGUAUGAGGCCAAACACCUGGGUGGCUUCCGCGGGAUCUACCCUCGCGAGGGCGGAGAGAAGUACGAGAAGUACUUCAAACACAGCAGCUCCUUGUUUCAGGAGACUGCCGCCUCCAAGGCCAGGGAGGAGUGUGCCAGGUAGACACAAUCACCCAAACACUCAUAUUACGCACACACACACAGGCUUAUAGAAAAUACCAUGAAAACACUCAACAGAAAAUACAAAAUCGUUGUGCCUUAAAUUCACUUUUUUCAUUGUUUCAUGUACAACUUGUUUGUUUGUGUGACUCUCCGCUCAGGCAGCAGCUGCAGGAGCUGCGUCUGAAGCAGGAGCAGAAGGAGAGGGAGCAGAAGGGGAGCCGUAGACGAGACUUGCAGGGGGAGUCUGCAGGAGAGAGGGCCAAACCACACAGAGUACAAGUUCGUCAGACCAGCUCCAACUCCCAACAGGUUACUGUGAGUCACAUAACCCUGCCCAUCAGUUUUAUGUAACAUAUUACCUCAGGUUUUGAAUGUAUUAUUGCCUACAGAAACAACCAUAAAGAGAACUCCCAAGUCUCAUCGGAUCAUUGGGGGUGGCAAUCUUAGUGGACUUGUAGUUGCAAGGCCUUUCAGUGACCACAAGAGGGAGCCAGAUAUCUUCUCCACUCAACACCUUACAUACAUGUCCAACUACCAAACCAUAUAAUGGCCAUUUAUCAUAUUUACAUAAACAAUUAAUACUGAAGAAUGAUUAUACACUGUGAUGAACUGUUUCCUUACUGUUUGAUCUGAAAUGUGGCUGUCCAGCUCCUGACCAUGCCCCCCCUGCCUACUGCCACCAACGGUUCCCCUACGGUGCAGGACCUCUCUGAGGAGGAGGUGGAGAGGGUGAGUGGACUGCUCCAACGGGAGAAUCUACUGAGGGACCUGGGGGUGGUGGACCAGAUCUAUCAGCUGCUGCAGGGGCGAGGCCACUCCAUGCCUGACGGCAUUACACCCCCCCGCGAGCAAAAUGAGCUGCCCCUACACAGACAUGAACGAGCCAAUAAGGUAAGGCUACACUGCCAUCCAUAGUCACUCACUGGUCAGUUUAGUAAGUUCAGUUUAUUGUUUCCCUAGCAGGGAAAUGUGUCCUCCAUAUAGAGCUCGCCAGCUUGUAGUCCUAAAAAAUUUAAAUGAGUUACCUCUGGUUCGUUUAAGCAUUCUUAUGGGGGAAAUUAAUGGGGAAAAAAUGGGGUUUUGGGAUAAAUGCUGAAAUAAGGUCAGAGGUUAACAUAGGCUUAGGAGAUCUUAUACAUUUUGUUCUGUGAGAUAAUAUCAGUCAGUUAACAUGUCCUUUAUGAAUUAUGAAGCCUUUAUGUCAGGGAUAAUCAACUAGAUUCAGCCGCUGGCCAAUUUUUUUCUUGAGCGUGUAGCUCAGUUGGUAGAGCAUGGCGCUUGCAACGCCAGGGUUGUGGGUUCGAUUCCCACGGGGGCCAGUAUGAAUAAAUUUAUGCACUCACUAACUGUAAGUCGCUCUGGAUAAGAGCAUCUGCUAAAUGACUAAAAUGUAAAAAUGUAAUGGUUAGGGGGUCGAACAUAAUUACAAUUUAUUUGUAGACUGCAAAUUGACCACAAGAAGCCCAAACCGAUAUAAAACAUAAUAAUUUAAAACCUUGCUUACAUUUAUAUACGAUCACGUGUCUCUCUAUUAUACAUGGGAAUACUUGAGAACAGAUUUCCAAAAUUAAAAUCACUUGGAGCUGAUUUCCUGGUGGUUUUAUGUCCAGCCAUAAAAAAUGAAAAUAAAACUCUUUUUUUGACUCAGAAAACUUGGGGGGUCAAAUAACCAAAUAACCACAGGCAGUUGGGGAACUCUGCUUUAUGUGUUUGUUUUGAUUACGUAAGUGCCUAUUUUUUUGUUUGUUUUUAAGUGAUGUUAGCUGAUGAAGAUGAUCUCAUAGAAAAAAAUGUAUAAGAUUUCGUAAGCCUGUGUUUACUACAGACCUUAUUUUUGGCGUUUAUCCAAAAACCCUACAAAAAAAAAAAAACAUUUCUCCAUAGGCUUUGUUUGACCAACGAGCCAUGGCGGAGUUAGUGCCUACAAAAAGACGCCAUUACUAUCGGUCUCUAUGGUCACUGCAUUGUCUCAAAGUUAUCAGUAAACAUUACUCCAUUAGUAGUGAGAUGCUUUAGUCUGUCCUAUGUCAUAUUUUGCCAGUUGGACUCCCUGAGACCGAAGCGCCACUGUACUGUGAUCCAACACCAGGUGCCUCCAGGGGCCAAGCCCUUCCGGCAGUACGUCCAUUCCCAGCUGCUGCAGCAGCGCUGGCCCUGGCCAAGUCUGGACAGGGGGCCCACUCACACUGAGUCUGCCUGCCUACAGUACUACACCCCAGAGGACCAAGUCCUAGAGACAGUCUGCCGGGCGCCAGGAGACCUGAGGAGGACCAACAGUGCCCAGCGUAUCCCAUGGACAAGUGAGCACAACCACUGAGCACCCUCGCUGCACCUCACUUUAUUGUGUCAUUACCAUACCACCACUGAUCUGAAGUUGGACAUUGUACUUAUGGAUAAUUGGAGGGCAUAGGAUUGAUUUUCUCAACCUCUCUCUUUUUUUCUCUCUCUCUUUGUCUCUCAGUCAAUGGUGCUCGUCAGGGCAGUAUGAGCUCGUCCUAUGCAGAGUCCAGGGCCCGGGCCACAGUGUCAAACUUAUCCCAGCUCAUGCCUGGACGGCUCCACUGCACCCCCAUGUCCUCCGACCCCAAGGCCUUCCAGAGCCUGUUUGUCAUCUCCACCCCAGCCCCCCUGAUCCAGCGGCCCGAGUUCCCCCACCCCAUCCGCAAACCCUUGCGCAAAGUCCCCCAGCACGGACAAGGGCGCUAGGGAGCAGGGACUUCACCAGUCCUGCCAUAGUGCCAUAAACCACAAGCGGGGGAGAGUGAACAAGCUUUCCUGGCAAAGUUGUCCCUAAAAUCCUCUCCCUAUACUGUGUAAAUUUCUUCACUUUUACAUCAUCAAAAUGAAAUUCAUUUCUACAUUGGCACUGAGCUACUGAGAAUUGAUUGAAGAGAAAUGGAGCAUAGAUCAAUGGAGUAGGUCUUAUUGUGAAAAUAUUGAAGCAAUGGUGCCUGUCGUGUGGUAUUUGGUAGGAAAACAUGUCAUCUCAUAUGUCUACGCAAACACUAUGUGGCUUUUACAGAAAGGAAUGUAAGUGAAUACUAUAUGUGUCUUAUCAAAUAUCUCGGGUGGUUAAAUAUCACUAUAACCACUGAGCCAAUAGUGAAAACACAAAAAAGAAUCUGGAUGUAUUACUCAGGUAUGUGAAAUCUGAAGGGAAGAUAUGAGUGACCAAGUAGUCAUAUAGACAUUUGUACGACUUUGAUGUUGAUGACUUUGCUACUAUGCUUUGUUAUCAUAUUGAUUUUUGUUUAGCUAUGCAGAAAAUUCUAAUUUUGCAAGGGGAACCAUAAUCAAUCAUUUGUGCCAAAUCUUAGAAGAAAAGCUGUGGACACUGAAAUAACCACCAAGAUGGACUAACAAAAACUCCUCACAUUUCACUGAUUUUAAUUGCAGAUUUACCCACAGUAUUUUCAUAUGGUUAUUGUAGAUUUGGGAUGGGGUGUACAUUUACUUAUUGAGCAUUCUUUUAUUUGAGUUGGUGAGAUAGACAAAUACCUUCAGAAAUGUUAUGCAUUGAUCAUUGCUCAUGUUGAUAUGAGGAUAUUUGUUAAAUUCAGGAUGAUAUUGAUAAUAGUACUAGGCUUAUUAUAAAUAUACUCCAUAUGAAUAAUCCAAUAUUUUCCCCAUUUAUGUAAAUUAUUUGGUAACCAUUUUAGGCCUACGAAUUAUAAGUGAAGUCUUUGGAAAUGCAAACUGAUAUUUGAAUGAAAAUGUAAGCUUUAUUUUCUUUAACAAUGAUCUUGCACUGUUUGAUUUAAAAAAAAAUCUAGCUCAUAAACAUUGUAUACUGUAUUUAAAUCUAGCUCAUACUGUAUUUAAAUGGAAAUUCGAUAUGUCGAUUUGUUUACAUUUUACCUCAGGAAUUAUUUGGAAAAGUAGGCUUUAAUUACAAUCGAAAUGAUUUAACGAUAUAUUGUUUGAUUGGAACAGGCCUGUGCAGAGUUUCUAUGCGCGUGAUCUCAAGUCUAUCUCUCAAGACCUAUGACUUGUGGCUGUAGUUGUCAUAACAAUAGUUUCAAUUACACAGUUUAGUUAUACUUUAUAUAACUGUCAACACCCAGCAAAAU